AUGGCCAUCGAACUCGUCAGUCCUCGUCGCUCGUCCCGGUCGUUCCGCAACAGCUUCAACUUGUAUGGUUCAGAUUCGAGCCCAAGCCCCAACAUGUUUGACACAGCAUCGACCGUCACUGCCAGUCCAGUCUACGCCGAGAGCGGCACGAGUCGAGUGGCGUUCUACCCCGCGCCAUUGUCGCCAACGCCGCCCGCCCCGGAACACGCAAUGGAUCAUCCAUCCCGUCGGACGAUAGCACUUCUCGUCAACUCCUUUGCUGCCGGUCUGUUCCACGGCAUCGUGCCAGCGUUGGUGUACCCGCUGUUCAAAGUCCGUCUGGGACUCCAGAGCUAUCAAGCCAAUGCCGUGCAGACACUCUUGCAUUGCGCAUGGCAUGGCAAACUCCUGCUCUGUCUCCUUACGGACUGCGUACCACUUUGCGGUCGAAGACGCACUCCAUACCUCUACGUCGGAUGGACAGUGGUGCUGGUCAUCUUCGGAGUCGCGAUGAUGGGGCAUCAAGGCCUGGCCAUCGAUGAACCUCGUGCUGCUGAAGCUCCGACGCUCGUCUUGGUGAUCAGUGCUGCAUCGGUGGGCUACUUACUGGUUGACGCGAGUUGUGAUGGGAUCAUGGUGGAAACGGUUCAGCUGGAUACCCAACGGGCGGAGCGGGGACAGCAAAAGACGUCGAGUCGACUCCCCAGCGCUGUGCACGCUGUGCGAUUCGUUGCUGAGCUGUUCGGGACGCUCCUUAUCGCAUUUGGAAUGAACGCAGAGGCGUACGGCGGCGAGUUCCCAUUUGAACUAUCGUUGCAGGCGCUGGUCAAGACAUUGUUUGCCAUUGCAGCAAUAGCUUUGGGAACAACUGCGUGGGGUCUUCGGGAGCCUCGAACAGAAGUUGGGGACGCCAUCAGCAUCGACACAUUGGCUGCACCAGUGCCGAAUGUGCGAGCCAAACUCGGCGAGUUCUGGUCCGUCCUGCACCAACACGCAACGUGGAAGAUCGCGUGCUUGGGGUUCCUGCAGAAGCUGUGUCUCGCUUUCGGCAUGGACUCAGCUCCGCCGUCGCUGUCGAUACACGAGUUCUGGUUGCACACGGAUCCCUUCCUGAAGAACCUGUUCCUCGCACUUGCGAAUGGCGGCGUGUGUGUCGCAGCGUCUCUCUUCGUGCACCAGUGUCUCCUGUCUUCGAGCUGGCACUCUUCGCUGCUGAUUGCGCUACUCGGUGGGCUCAUCGUUGGUAUUCCAACUACUCUGCUUGUUGUGUUUGACGUCUGGCGCAGCAACGUCUUUUUCCUGAUGGCUACGACUGUCACUGGGUUCUCGGACUGCAUUGCCAUGGUCGUGCGGAUGCUCGUGGUCGUGGAAAUCGCUGAGCCCGGUCUAGAAAGCAGCACUUAUGGACUGGUCACGUCCGUCUACAAUCUCGCAGACCCCGUGGCAACUGCAGUGAGCAACGCGAUCGGAGCCCAGUUUCGAGUCUUUGACGUGGACGUGCAGCAGGACUCUGCCGACGUGCGGAUACGACUUGGGGUGCUCUUCACGGUGCUCUUCAGCGUGCGAGCUCUAGUGGGUCUGGGCGUCCUGCGUUUGCUUCCCCGACAGAAACAAGAUGCCCGCGAGCUGAAAGCUCGAGGAGCAUCCAGUCGAUGCAUAGCGUUGACCGUGUUUGCCGUCAUAGGGACCACCUUCUUCGCUGCGGUGGUUGCUAACGUGCUGUCAAUACUCAGUAGCACCGCUUGUCUCCAAAUUGCUGGCGGGGCGGGUUGUUGA